AUGCUUCUGCCUAUUCUUCUCCUUCUCCGCCUUCUUCUCCACCUCCUUCCCUUCGGCCCACUCGUUGUCACCAAACUGGCAUGGUGAGUCCGCUCACUCUGGCAGCCUGAAAUGUUCGUUCCCUUUUAGAAAAUCCUAGGAGCAACCGACCGGAACGGAGGACGGCGCUAGUGGCACGAGAACUGGCGCGCUACAAGGUGGACAUCGCCGCACUCAGAGAGACUCGAUUCUCCGAACAAGGCCAACUGGAGGAGGUGGGUGCCGGCUACACCUUCUUCUGGAAUGGGCGGCUAAGUGCAACGCGACGAGACGCGGGUGUCGCCUUCACCAUUCGGAACGACAUCGUGGGACGACUGCCCUGUUUGCCGCAGGGCAUCAACGAUCGCCUGAUGAGCCUCCGCCUGCCUCUCUGGGGAGGCAAAUUCGUCACCAUCAUCAGCGCCUACGCUCCGCUGAUGAGCAGCCCCGACGCAGCAAGAGACAAAUUCUACGAGGACCUGCACGCCCUCUUGGCGACUGUGUCGAAGGCGGACAAGUUGAUUGUCCUUGGUGACUUCAACGCCCGCGUAGGCACAGACCAUGUUGCCUGGAGAGGAGUGCUGGGUCCCCACGCUCUCCGCGGCUCAAACGACAACGGCCUGCUGUUCCUCCGCACCUGCGCAGAACACCGCGUCAUCCUGACGAACACCUUCUUCUGUCUGCCGGAGCGAGAGAAGGCCACCUGGAGGCAUCCUCGGUCGCGUCAGUGGCACCUGUUGGACUAUGUCCUCGUCCGGAGGCGAGAUCAGCGGGACGUGCUGGUGACAAGGGCGAUUGCGGGUGCUGACGGGUGGACCGACCAUCGCCUCGUCAUCUCGAAGAUGCGUAUUCGCCUACAGCCUCGCAGGAGACCACAAGGUAAGCGACCCCCAGGUAAGCUGAACAUUGCCUUGUCGUCUUUGCCCGCUCACCAUCUCCAUUUCAGCAAUGAACUAGCUCAACGGCUAGACAACCUUCCUAUCGCUGCCGCCGCCGAUGCUGCCGCUGCCGAGAACGCCUCCGUGGAGAACCGCUGGUGUCAAAUGCGAGACACGGUCCAGUCGACGGUGCUAGCCGUCCUCGGUCGCGCACGCCGCGAACACCAGGACUGGUUCGACGACAACGACGCCGCCAUCAGCAAUCUGCUCGCCGAGAAGAACCGCCUACACAAAGCCUACGUAGACCACCCCACUGACGACAACAGAGCUGCGUUUUACCGCAGUCGCUGGCACCUUCAGCAACGACUGCGCGAGAUGCAGGACGCCUGGACUGCUUGCAAAGCUGAGGAGAUCGAAGGCUACGCGAACCGCAACGAGUGGAAGAACUUCUCCGCGAUCAAAGCUGUCUACGGUCCGCCGACAAAGGGCAUUGCUCCUCUUCUCAGCGCCGACGGUAGCACUCUCCUGACUGAGAAGACACAAAUCCUACAGCGAUGGGCAGAGCAUUUCCGAGGCGUCCUCAGCCGCCCCUCCGCCAUCUCCGACGUCGCCAUCGCCCGUUUGCCGCAAGUGGAGACCAACGUGGACCUCGACCUCCCGCCAUCUCUCCAGGAAACAAUCAGGGCCGUGCAGCAGCUCUCCAGCGGGAAAGCACCCGGAUCGGACGCAAUCCCUGCUGAGAUCUACAAGCACGGAGAUCCCCAACUAAUGGAUCACCUGACUGUGCUCUUCCAGGAGAUGUGGCGCCAAGGUGAAGUCCCACAAGAUUUCAAAGACGCAACCAUCGUGCAUCUCUACAAGCGAAAAGUAGACCGCCAAGUCUGCGACAAUCACCAUGGCAUCUUCUUGCUGAACAUCGCCGGGAAGAUCUUCGCUCGCAUCCUCCUCAAUCGUCUGAAUAAUCAUCUGGAACAGGGCCUUCUGCCGGAAAGCCAAUGCGGCUUCCGUCAUCAUCGCGGGGCCACGGAUAUGAUCUUCGCCGCUCGUCAACUUCAGGAGAAGUGCCAGGAGAUGCGGACCCACCUGUACUCUACCUUCGCGGACUUGACGAAAGCCUUCGACACGGUGAAUCGAAUCAUGCAGAAAUUCGACUGUCCGGAGCGAUUCAUUCAGAUAGUGCGUCAGCUGCACGACGGUAUGAUGGCGCGAGUCACGGACAGAGGAGCGGUUUCGGAGGCAUUCGCAGUGACCAACGGAGUGAAGCAGGGAUGCGUGCUGACGCAUACCCUCUUCAGUCUUAUGUUUUCUGCCAUGCUGAUGGACACCUACCGUGGUGAACGCCCCGGGAUCCGCAUCGCCUACAGGACGGACGGUCACCUUCUGAAUCAACGGCGGAUGCACUUCCAAUCGCGCGUAUCCACAACCACCGUUCACGAACUCCUCUUUGACGACGACUGCUCCCUGAACACCACCUCGGUGGAGGAGAUGCAACGGAGCACGAACCUCUUCUCUGCCGCCUGCGAGAACUUCGGUCUGGUCAUUAACACGCAGAAGACGGUGGUCAUACAUCAACCGCCACCCAAAACAGCCACUCCUCCCAACGCGCCGCAAAUCCGCGUGAACGGAACCCAACUGCAGGUGGUGGAGAACUUCCCGUACCUGGGCAGCACCCUCUCCCUUAACGCCAAAAUCGAUGACGAAGUCGCUCGUAGGAUCUCGAAAGCCAGUCAAGCCUUCGGCCGCCUCCAAAGCACAGUCUGGAAUCGUCACGGUCUCCAACUGAGCACGAAGCUGAAGAGCUACAAGGCUGUCAUCCUGCCGACGCUGCUGUAG